UUCUUCCAGAAAAUAUUUAUUUGAAAAGAUCCAAGCCCCCAGUUUAUUUGAUAGGUACGCAUGAUACAGUGGUGUCGAGUACACCGCCCAGCCGAUAAGCAUCACCCUUUCCAAGAGACGCCGACCGACCUGCUGCCUUCUACACAUCAUCAACCUUCUCUCAACUGUUGUCGGCGCGAACCGUACCCCGAGCCCCUCCAUCAUCACCAUUACCACCGCCACCACCGUCGAGCCGACUCCUCAUCCUGAUAUCCACCCAUCGCUAUCACCGCUGCCCACCAUGAAUCCCGAAUACGACUAUCUCUUCAAGCUCCUCCUCAUCGGAGACUCCGGUGUCGGAAAGUCUUGCUUGCUCUUGCGGUUCGCCGACGACACCUACACCGAGUCCUACAUCUCCACGAUCGGCGUUGACUUCAAAGAGAAAGAUGGGCAACAGCAGCACCGGCUAACUCGAAAGUUACAGUGGGAUACUGCCGGCCAAGAACGCUUCCGCACAAUCACAUCCUCAUACUACCGUGGCGCGCACGGCAUCUGCGUCGUCUACGAUGUUACCGAUAUGGACAGCUUCAACAACGUGAAGCAAUGGCUCCAAGAAAUCGACAGGUACGCCACCGAGGGCGUUAACAAGCUCCUGGUUGGCAACAAGAGCGAUAUGGCGGAUAAGAAGGUGGUUGAUUACCAAGUCGCAAAGGAAUUUGCCGACAGCUUGGGCAUCCCAUUCCUCGAGACAUCAGCAAAGAACGCCAGCAACGUCGAGCAGGCUUUCUUGACCAUGGCUCGCCAGAUCAAGGAGCGCAUGGGCAGCAGCAUUGCCACCAACAACACCAAGGCGAACGUCAACGUGUCGCCUGGACAGGGUGUCUCCAACAACCAGUCCGGUGGCUGCUGCUAAACGAUAAUUUUGUCUCCUUAGCGUUGUGCGCCGUUGUUGUUUCUGGGGCGUUGGGACGGUUUUCUUGCAUCGGAUGGGCCGGAUAUGGUUAGAUCUGCGGGAGCCGUGUGUGAGGGAAGGUUUUCUGUCUGUCUGUCUGUCUGUCUACCUACUCCGUGUGGAAUCUACGCCGGGCUGUUGUUGGUUGGGCAAGUUACGCUUCUUAGGAAGUGGUUUGGAAUUCGCCAUGGGAAGCUACGCGGCUCUUUUUGGCUGGACUUCAGAUAUGACUCCUAGACAGCCGCAGAGGAGAACGCCAGCAUGAAAAUGGCAAAGGACAUACCACAAGGGGGGUUAAUAGCUCUUUGGCACGGCCCAGAAGGCGCACAGCAGAACGGGAAAGGGGUGGGCGGACCCAAACAGGAACAGUACUGAAUAGGGAGGUUUGCGGUUGGGCCUUUUUUUCUUUUAAUUUCCUUUGAUGUCGUGUUUCUGGCAUUGCUACUACCUACUACAGCUCUUUUUAUGUGCGUCAGGUCCUGUCUGUGUCUGUGUUUUGUUGAUUUGAGUUUGGGCAUAACAAGGGUUCAUUACAUGGCUAGGUUUUGUCUAAGUAAUACGGAACUCUGCCUUAUCCAUGUGA